AUGGAUAAGAUUCGGAUCGCUUCCGAAACCGGCUAUUCAGCGAUUGAGUUAUGGAAUGACGAUUUAACGGCUUACGAGGAACAGGGUGGUUCACUCACCGAUGUCAAAAAAGCACUUGAUGAUUAUGGGCUUUCGGUGCCUACCGUUAUCGCCUUGCAUGGCUGGCUUAACACGACCGGUGAGGAACACCAGGAAGCGAUUGAAGACGCAAAACGGCGCAUGGCACAAGCCGCCGCUGUCGGAUCGACCUACAUCAUCUCAAGUCCACCACGUGAGGUGGCAGAUCUCCAAUUAGGUGGCGAGAAUUACCGCGAACUGCUUGAACUCGGACGUGAAUUCGGCGUUAAACCUGCUAUGGAAUUUCUCGGUUUCGUCGAUGGGGUCAAUCAAGUCAAGCAUGCAUGGAAAGUGAUGGAAGUGGCAGAUCACCCGGAUAGUACGAUUGUCCUUGAUCCGUUCCAUAUCUAUCGCGGUGGCGGGGCAAUAGACGAUAUGAGAGGCAUCCCCGGCGAAAAAAUCGCUGUCUUCCACUUUAACGAUGCACCUGCGCAACCUGCGCGUGAAGCACAAUCGGACGCGGACAGAGUAUACCCCGGCGAUGGUAUCCUUGACCUCGGGCAGAUGAUCUCUAUUCUGAAAAACGCGGGAUACGCAGGUGUUAUCUCAUUAGAAUUGUUCAACCCAAACUAUUGGGAACAAGAUCCGGCAGAAGUCGCACGAAUCGGAUUGGAAAAGAUGAAAGCCGCUCUGUCUGAUUCUUAG